CUUUCAUUGUGGCUGGACGACAACGAGGUUCUCCAAGGCUACAAUUUGCCCCUCGCCCAGCACCCCAGCUAUAGCCUAGCAAAUUAUCACGGGCCUCUCGAUAGUAUCACUUGCAUCUGUCUUCACCACUGACUUACCCAUCAAGGCAGUUAUUCAGCUGACUAGCUAUCGUCGCUGAAAGCUCAGGAAUAUUUUAUACGGGCUACCCUACGGUUUGUACAAGAUGGCAGCAAGCCGUAUCAACGUUCUCGUCUCCGGCGCCAGCGGGCUGGGCCUACCAUCAACGCUAUCGAUGGCUGUAGCACCGUCAACUUCUCUAUCUGAGCUGCGCGAAGAGCUCGAUGAGUACCUGCCAGACAUACGCAUGCGCCUGAUCCUGACUACCGUUUCCAACAAGCAACUAUCGUUGGAUUCUCCGCAACCCGUUUCCGAACUACUCUCCGGCCUAGAAGAUGACUUUCUUUCCCUUCGCCUCACGGUUCCCGUUUACGGUGGCAAGGGAGGCUUCGGAUCACAACUUCGUGCUGCCGGUGGGCGCAUGAGCUCCAAGCGCAAGAAGAACCAGGGAGAAGACAACGGCUCGAGCAGGAACCUGGACGGAAGGCGGAUCCGCACCGUCACCGAGGCCAAAGCCCUAGCCGAAUACCUAGCCAUCAAGCCGGAUAUGGAGCGGAAAGAGAAGGAGAAGCGACGGCAACGAUGGGAGCAGAUUGUCGAGAUGGCGGAGAAAAAGCAGGAGGAGAUCAAAUUCGGCAAACGAGGAAAUCUCGAUGGCAAGUGGGUCGAGGACAAGGAGGAGGCUGGCGAGCGUACGCGGGACGCAGUCCUUGCUGCCAUGAAAGCCGGCAAUUACAAGGACAACUUGCUCAGCACAUCUCAAGGAUCGACGUCCACCGCGGAGAGCGGCGAGUCCUUUGCCGGCGACGAACAACAAGCCGAGGGGAGCAGCUCCAAAGAGACAACGCCGUUGUCUGAGCCAGAGCAGAAAGGAAAGGGGAGUGCGAGGACAUUCUUUGGUUUUGAUGAAGACGACGAGUUUAUGAGUUCUGAUAGUGAGAGCGAGGAUGAGUCAGCAAAGGCAUGAGAGGGUCAUAAUCAUAUUAUCAGUCCGUCUGGUGUUCAUGGGAUAUUGUAUCAUUUCUUUCUACAACGGGAGUUUCUGACGCGAGGGAGUUUGCACCAUCGAGCAAGGGUUAUCUUUUGGCGUCUGGGUGAGACUUCAGUCCGGUCAAGCAAAGGGGCAUUCUAUCCCACAGUAUUUACCACUGGAGAGGCGGUUGCAAAAGUGUAUCCAGUAAAUAAAAUCACCGCCGACAUCUGCUAUUCAAGGAGUCGACAACGUUACGGGGCAAGUCAGAC